GUGGUGGCGUCACUUCCGGCGGGGCGGCGGAGGAAGGGGCACGCUGCGGGAGCUGCGGGCCGGCGGCGGCAUGGCCAGCCUGGCCGCCCAGGACUGCUACCUGCAGGGCCUGGCCAGGAAGGUCGGCGUGCGGCACAGCCCCGAGCCGCGGAAGAGGAAGCUGGUAUCUAAGCCAGGCCAGGCAGAGAAUGGUAGCAGACCACCCAAAAAAAAGAGAAGGAAGUCCAAGAAGCAAGCAGAGAAGACAAAUGCUCCUUCAGCUAAACAGGGAGCCUCUAACGCCAAUAAACUUGCUCCAGGACAGAAAGCAGCCCCUCAAGCCAAGAAACCAGCUCCACCAGGUGUUACACAGAACAAAAAUGAGAGUUCAGAUACAGGUGGCAAAAGUGAACUCGAUUCCACUUCUUUUUCUGCAAUAAAUCUCUUGCGUCAGAGACUACAUGAGAAGAUUAAAGAAGUUUCAGGACGAGAUGAUGCCAAAGAAUUACCCCCUUCGGUUCUGGAGAAGAGGCGGCGAAGAAAGUAUGAGAAGGAGAGAAAGAAGCGCCGAAGAAAGGAGUUGAAGAUGAAGGCAAAAAUGGAGAAGAAGGAAACUGAGGAUGUACCUGUAGAGCCACAGAGCAAAAAGGAGGAGAGUACAGCUGAGAUUGUCUUCAACAGGGUUGAAGUCCAUGAAGAGAGUGAUUUGAACAAGAUCCAGAAGAAGAAAGAGAAGAGGAAAGGAGUGAAAGGUAAAAUCACUCCCCUGACAGGCAAAAACUACAAGCAGCUGCUGACCAGGCUGGAGGCUAGGAAGAAUAAGUUGGAGGAGCUCAAGGAUAAGGACCAGAAGAAAGCUCAGGAGCUAGAGAAGAAGAUGAGAUGGACAAACCUUCUCUAUAAGGCGGAAGGUGUCAAGAUUCGUGACGACGAGGAGCGUCUGAAGGAAGCUCUGAAGCGUAAGGAGAAGCGUAAAGCACAACGCCAAAAGCAGUGGCAGAAGCGGACAGAAAAAGUGGUAGAAAGGAUGCAACAGCAGCAGGAAAAGCGCCGCAAGAACAUUCAGAAGAAGAAGAAAGAGAAGAUAGAGCACAAAAAAGCGAAGGCUCGGAAGAAAGGCCGUGUUCUGCCAGAGGACUUGAAAAAAGCUGGCCUGUAGUGGGCAAGAGGCAGCUAGCGCUUGCAGCCUGGCCAUGGGAGUUGUGGCGAAGGGCUGCUUGUGGGGUUUUCAUAACGAACUUUUAUAGAAUGGUUUUGGUGUGUCUGCCGGAUGCUGGUUGGGCUGUGGGUGCCUGAACCAGAGCUGGGGGCUGGAGGAGGCGGUGUCUGAGGAACCAGCCUGCGUGCCAGUCAGUGCCAUGGCUACCCAAGUCAAAUAAAAA